CACAUCCACGUUCACUCUUUUAAGGCACCUCGAGCGAGAGGCGACAACAAAUGUAGUUUUACUGUUCUGUUGUCUGUUUCACUGUUCGCUGUUCCUUUCCUAAAUUCCAUUUUCUUCUGUACUUUUUUAUUUCUUGUUUCGAUUUUAUGGAAAAAAUGGAAUUGAAGCAACAAUUAUAAAUAAUAUAAUGAAGCCUGAAUCGAACUCAGCAGCUUCUUCAUCUUCAUCUGCAUCUUCAUCAACAACACCAUCACCUUCUGGAAAGCGAGCUAGAGAUCCUGAAGAUGAGAUUUACCUCGACAACCUUCACUCUCACAAACGCUACCUCAGCGAGAUAAUGGCGUCCAGUUUGAAUGGAUUGACCGUUGGAGACCCACUUUCUGAUAAUCUCAUGGAAUCUCCAGCCAGGUCUGAAAGCAUGUUUUAUCCAAGGGAUGAGAUGUCCUUUCAAUAUUCACCGAUGUUAGAAGACUGGGAUGACUCUCGAUUUUGUGAGAACCCUAUAAACACAUGCUCCUCCCAACCUGACAGCGUACCCACCAGUCCUGUCUCUCCAUACAGGUAUCAAAGACCACUUAAUGGGUUCUUUUCUUCACCUUCCACUAGUUCACACCCUUCACAUGGUUGUGCCAUGGCUCCUGUCACAAGCACACAGCCUCGCCAACGAGGCUCAGAUUCUGAGGGCCGGUUCCCAUCAUCACCUAGUGAUAUAUGCCACUCAGCUGACUUGAGGAGGGCUGCUCUCUUGCGGUCUGUGCAGAUGAGAACACAGUCUCCUGGCCCAUUAUCUUAUGAACUGCCAUUUGGUUCAGGACAAGACCCUGUACCUAAUAUAGAAGCUGAAGAGCGACCAUGCUCAUACAUGAAGUCUUUGGUUGAUGAGAGGGAGUAUCAAAUUGAGGAGUGUUCUUCAAUGGGACUGCCAGAGUCUGAGUUUAAUCAAGAUAGCUCCUGCGAAGUGGUGAAUAUGAAUGUUAAAGGGGGUGAUUCUGAGGAUUAGAUUCAUUAGGAAGUGCAUUAGGAAGACAAGCUCUAAUCUCACCAUGGGCAUCUAUUUGCUCUGGGGUCACUGUUGUUUGUGUUAGUUAAAAGUGAGUAUUUCAGUGCAUGCCCCAAAAGGUCUCGGUUGGUUCUUGUCAAUUGGGAAAUAUGCAAGUUAAAGUCUCAUUAUUUUAUGCAAAUGAAAGGCCAUGAGUUAUAUAUCAGGCUGCUGACAAUUUCAUCCCCAAAAAAGAAGAGAUUAUUCACUUUGGACAUAGCAUCCUUCUCUUGAUUCUUGGCAGCAACUCGAGCAUAGCUUAUGAUGUUGAUGUUGUAUGAUAGUGAUAUUUAUGAGUAUUGCUUGUCAUCAUAGAUUCCUUGCGCUUGAUGCCUGUGAUCUUUCUGUGCCCCAUGAAUUGGGCUUUUCUACCCUUUAUUGUUCUUCAACACAAUUAUACUCCUGUCCUUUCUCUUAAUAUCCUGUAAAUCUUCUUUUUCAACUUACCAUUUUGAAUCAUUUCUCUCAGAACCUUACCCAUAUUCAACACAACAAAUACUUUAUCAACCAAAAAAGACAGGAUCUGAGAGCCAUCUCCCCCUAUCAGCCGGUCAGCCCGCACAGCUCGGGCCAGGAGAUCAGGAUGCAAACAGGCCCAACUCUAUUACAACUAUUGGCCCGAUGGGCUAAAGCAUGAGCAUUCACGAUUAUUUCUCUAAAGACAAAUUGAUUGACCCAGAUUCAAAAAAAAUGUAAUUCAAGUUUGAUACACCAUGCUAUUAAUUUUGUGAGGUUCCGAAGAGUCUUAUAGACA